AUGAAUAACCCAGCAACAAACCCUAUCUCUUGUGAUUUACAAGAAGUCAUAAUAUAUUAUCAAUCACAGCCUGAACUAUUACGACUUAUUUUAUUAAGUAAAGUCGAAGAGGAUAAAAGAAGAACUGAAGAGGCUAAACUUCGAGCCAAAGAACUGGAUUUGUUAUUGGUGCAACAGCAACAGCAGUUUAACGCAAUCUCACCUCAAUCUCCCGACGCAUCCAUGAUGCCUGCACCACAAGCUAAUAUGAUGCCUAAUAAUAAUCUAUUAAAUACAAAUCAAUUUUGUCAAACACCCAGAAGGCCUAGUGCUUUGGAAAUACUAAUGGAAGAUACCGACUGUGAUCGUCGUGAUUCAGCGCUAGGUUCAUCUUUUGAUGGUAGCUCCAAUUCUGAUGAGCUUGAAGACGGUACAUUCUCACCCAAUUCAGCAGCAAGUUGUAUGCUUUCCAUGAGUUUCCCUCAUCAACCAAUGAUGUCUGUUACAGCUCCAAGAACAUAUCCUCAUCCACUUUCCCCGCCUUAUAAUAUCAGCCAAUGUUUAGAUGAUACCUCUUUUACAUCUCAGAUUCAAUUGGAGAGCGAAGAAACUGACCAACAAGGUCGUCGAUUCGAUUCUUCUCAACGUCCACGCCGUAGACGUGAGAUGCAGGCCAUCUCCAAAAUCGUUGAAACUCGAGAUUAUCCUUACGUUGAUGGUUUCUUUUGGAAGAACAACGGAAACACCAUCCAAAAGAAGACCGGAAACAAGAGUGUUUAUUACAAAUGCUCAAACAGUAGCAAAGGUUGUCCUGUUAAUAAGACUGUCACUUGGAAAGAUAAUGGCGAAUUUUUAAUUAAGUAUCGUGGUGAACAUCUUGUUGAGUGUGGAAACGUUCAACGUAUUGUUGACAUGUAA